CUUCAUUUUGACAUGUUCCGCGUCCGAGUUGCUUCGACGGAGAUCGCCGUGCCGCUACCGCCAGACGCGUCCUUAACGGCUGGCUUCGUCAAGCAAUUCGUCAUGGAAUCUAAUCUGGAGAUAGAUGUGCUGCCAAGCCAGCUGCGUCUGAUUGUCAAGGGAAAGAUCCUAGCGGAUGACGACGUGGUCGACGCCACCCAGACGGCGGCGGCGCCCGCGGUGAUACACAUCCUCCCAUCCGAGCACGAGAUUCAAAACAUGCUAGCGCGAGAAGCCGAGGCCAAACGCAUCCACGACAUUCGAGCAACGCGGCACGUCGUCAGCAUCCAAGCACGCAAUGAGCACCUGUCCGCCCGAGCGCAUGCCAGCAUCACGUACAAAUUCCGCGACAUCGAAACAUUACCCGGCCUUCCCAACGAACCCACCGCGCGCAACAUACUGGUCUCGUUAGCUAGUGAUCCUGGCAUCCUCGCUGUGCUGGCCCAUCACAAAUGGCAAGUCGGUGCACUGGUCGAAAUGUACCCUGACGGCAAAGUUGGUGUCGACCCCGUCUGUGUGCUUGGUCUGAACGAGAACAAGGGACAACGCAUUCGACUUCGCCUUCGUACAGACGACUUGCUUGGCUUUCGCAAAUUCCUCACGAUCAAGCAAGUUUUGUUCCACGAACUUAGCCACAAUGAAGUAAGCGACCACAACAAUGAUUUCUACCAGCUCAUGCGCCAAGUGGAAACCGAGUGCAAUGCCGUGCCCAUGACUCGGUCGUCGGCCCUUGUCCAAUCAAGUCGACGCCCUACCGCCUCUCCUGUGCUGCCACGUCAUACUAUGGUGCCGCCUGCCAGUUUGAACCCACCCCCUGGUUCCCCAACUCGACCAAUCCCAGCUCAUGUCGACAACUUCAAGCAUGCCCCGACUUCGUCAGAUGAGCUCACGCCACCGCCGCCACUUGCUGGUUCAGCGCCUUCCCCUGUCCAGUUGGCUCCAUUGGUACAAUCUAAGAAAACAACCAAAUCUGUGUUGUUUGUCCAUAGUAUUUCCUAUACUCGUUUCUGCGUUUUCGUUCACAUUUGACCUAUUUUUCGUGUUUUUUACAAUAUUUUCUCAACCAUAUAUAUAUAUAUAUAUUCAUAUAUUCAAGGUAUGAUGGGGUUUCUUUAGGCAGAGUGGGAUGCCAUGGCGCUGGCGAUGGGGGGCGAGCGGGUGCAGCAGGUGCACGCCGCCGUCCAUGGCCUUCGCACGGCGUUGCUAAGCCACUCCCAACCACCACAAGCAACGAUCUCGACGCUCAUGACGUUGCUAAGCAACAUCCUCACCAACCCCACGGACCCCAAGUACAAAUCUAUCCGGAAGGACAACCCCCGCUUUAUCCGUACUGUUGGCAGCAUCGUCGCGUCCCACGCGUUCCUCCAAAGUGUUGGUUUUGACGAACAAGCAACGCACUGGACGUUGCUGCGAAACGACCCAGGGCUGCUUUGGCUGGGCAAGAGUGCGCUGGAAGCGUUGCUGGUCGUGCCCAGCGACUGAUAAAGUCACCCUUAGCAAUGUGUGGAUACACAUUUUGAAUAUACUAGCCAACGGAUAUAAUAGAAUGUUUAUUGUGUUAUGACGUCA